GGAUGUGUUGUUAGACGCACUUCCGGUUCCUGCUGAACCAAGCUAGAGGAAGAGAAACACUCAUGGCGGGGGAAGUGUACCUGUUUUGGUUACUGCCGUUAUUACAAACGCUGUCGUCUUAUGGAGCUGAGCUGUCCUCCGAGGCGUGCAGGGAGUUGGGCUUCUCCAGCAAUCUCCUGUGUAGCUCAUGUGACCUCCUGGGUCAGUUCAGCCUGAACCAGUUGGACCUUCCAUGCAGCCAGUGCUGCCAAGAGGAGGCUCAGCUGGAGUCUAGGAAGCUCUACCCAGGAGCCAUCCUUGAGGUCUGUGGAUGAAAAUUGGGGAGGUUCCCUCAAGUCCAAGCUUUUGUCAGGAGUGACAAGCCAAAGAUGUUCAAGGGUCUUCAAAUCAAGUAUGUGAGAGGCUCGGACCCUGUUCUAAAGCUGCUGGACGAUAACGGGAACAUUGCUGAUGAGCUCAGCAUCCUCAAGUGGAACACAGACAGCGUUGAAGAAUUUCUUAGUGAGAAGUUAGAUCGAAUUUAGAGUCCCCAUUUCAUAUUUAAAAUCAGAUGUUCAGAGUUUUUUUUUUUUUUUUAAUCUCAAACUGAAGUAAAGGACCACUAUUAAUUUUUGUGCUCAAUAAUGGACAUUAAAAAAAACAUUUUGAGUUUGUUUUUGUUUUGUUUUAAGUAAAAGCCAUAGCAUCUGGAUUGAGUUUAAUUGAUCAGAACAUACUGUACUUAUUUUGAGUUGAUGUUUCUUCUACAUUUUGUUUUUGAAUUGGUUGAUGUACUGAGGCCUUUUUCUUGUCUCCGAGUGAAAGAAGGGAAGCGUGUUGAACAUGCUGGUUUGGUACAGCUUGUCUGACUCCACGUAGCUCAUGCUUUUGUCGAUUUGCACAUUAGUGAAGGCCUGACAGUAAACCAGUCCCUGGAAUGUGAGGCCUGAAGACCCCGUGUAACUCUCUUAGCAUGCUGUUAUGGUGGAAAUCUCCAAGAUGUACCCCAGUAUGAGAAGGUGGAAUCUAUUCACACAAAUAAACCUGUUUUUCAUAUUAA